AUGUCCAGUCCUUCGGGCAAGGCGGCGGCAGCGCCACGGCAUCGUUCUCUUCUUGAAGACGUUGUCGAGGCUUCAUGGGGAGAGGCCGAUGUGUAUUUGGAGGCUGGGCAUUGUGAUGCGCUGCUGGUGUUGGCUGCUGGCCAGGGCAUGGGGCUUCAAGGCGCUAUGUAUGACGUGGUGGAUGCAACCAAGUCAGCUGCAAUGGCCAACCUCAAGGCCAGGGCGGCCGAGGCCGCGGCUAAUGUUGCCAAGGUGGAGGAAGCCGGCAAGGUCCCGCAGUUGGAGUCGGAUCUCCGAGCCGCUCGCGCCCAGUGCGCCGAGAGCGAGGAGGCGGGCCGAUCCGCCGCCGGCAAGCUCAAGCUGGCUGAGCAGGAGUUGACGCGGCUGCGCCUGCUGGAGCAGAACCAUCUCGCCGAGCUCAACUCCCUCAGGACGGCGGAGAAGGAGAAGGUGGAUGAUCUGAGCCGGCGGCUGACGGAGGUGGAGAAGCAGCGGCUUGUGCUGCAGGAGGAGGUCACCGCUAAGUCCACGGAGCUGACGGCUACCGCCAAGCGCUGGACCGACGAGUUUAGCGCGCUUGAUCGCGGCUUGGCGGCGGCCUUCCCGGAGACGCAGGACGCGGCUUUAGCAGCCGUUGGCGUCGCGCGCGACUCCAGGAGGCGGGAGACUGGCGAGGGCAGCUCAGAGUACUUCUCCAUGGAGGACCACAUGGCGUCCAUGGCUGCCCGCAUCGAGCCCAUCACCAAACUCGGCUGGGAGCUUCGGAAGGCGGCUGAAGAGCUGGUGCCGAUGCUGUGGCCUGAAGAGGCGGUGCCGCAAGAUAUCUCCGGCCUCAUCUCCUCGAUGGAGCGGGCGCCGGACCGCUUCCUCGACUGGAAGGAAUGA